UCUGUGCAAGCAGGACACCCUUUAAAUCAUGACAAAAAUCCAAGAUGGACGCUUUCGAGAGUAAAAUUCAUUCCGUCUUUGCUCAGAUUUUCUAAUAAAAAUUCUCCUUUAGCGGCGCUUUCUAACUUCAAUUUCCUGUGAAAGGAGCAGCCAACAAUCGACCACGUGUUUUCCACUACUCAAAAAAGUGCUCGCUGUCAAUUUUAACUUGAAAUUUUGCAAUUAAAGUGGCUAUUCUGCGCGUUGGCCGCCGUCCCAGGUCUUGUGCAAAUUUCUCGGUCUUGUGGAGAAAUUCUUACGUUUCGUUUUCGUCGUGUGCCCAAAAAGUGUUUGUAUUAUAGCGAGAAUUUUUAACAGGACUCUGACGAUUCCGGUGAGCUGGGCUUGUCGGAUUAUAUAGGCUCGCGCCGCUCGGAUAAAGUGAAUUUAGAGAAGUAGUUUGUGAGGAAAUUCUCAUUCGGAAAAUUGUUUGAAUCGCUUGAGUGAUGUGUGUGAGAAGUUCUGGAAAUAUGAAAAUGCUUGUUUUGUGAGGCCAGUGCUCGAGGAGUGGGAUCUCGCCGGGGUGCUGUGUUGGUAGUUUAGAGCCCUUGAAGCGCUGCGGGUGCGGAAAUCACGCCGACCUCGUCCUGGCUGGAUCGCGGACAUUGAAGAGUUAGAAACCCUCUCGGUCGGGCAGGCUAAAGUUCCGGUCGCCAACGAAUGCACGGUAGCCUGGGGCAACAAACGCGAAGGAGUUCUCGCAUGCGGAUCAAGCAGGAUAUGAUGCCGAAUUGGAUUACAAUUCGCGCUCUCACGGAAAACCCAAAGGAUAUUUCGUUCAUGCUUGGAUGAAGCGAUAGCUCAGUCCUUGCUGGAGGAUCUAGAGAACUUGUGAGCAGACCGACUCCACUGCCGCCAGGAUUGCAAUCGCUUUCGGCUCUAGCACGAGUGACGUGUAAACCGCUGCCCAUCACGCCACAGCAAAGCAUAUUAUGGCGAAGGCAUACAUCAAGAAUGAAUUACGCGGGGGCUCCUUCGCGGCUCAGUCACAACCGGAGCCCCCACAGUCAUCAGCAUCGUCACCAGCCGUAGCGCAGUCCCAACAACAAUAUCACCAGCAACAUCAUCACCAUCAACAGCAACAAUUUCACAAUGUAUCGAAAACGAAUAACAACGAAAUUCUUGGUCCCAGCAGUCAUGAGCCGGCUCUAGCUAUAUGUUAUGUGUGUGGUGCCCGUGGUGGAAUCUAUGAACAUAUCCGUGCUUAUCCAAAUCCUGAACGACCUAAAGAGCCAUACUUCUCGUUUCUAGAGCGCCAUGAGCCGCCGAAUGGAGUUAGGCAAAUUUCGCAUAGUGAACCUUAUGUAAAGGCUUGUAUGCUCUGUUACCGAUCCCUAUUCGAGCAGUGGGAUGCAUUCGAAAGGGAAGGCAAGCCCCAUCAACAACGGCUCUACCAUAUGAAACGCAUCGAUGGAAAAGGAUAUAUUGGAGCUGAUAUGACCACCCAAGGCGAGUAUGCAGCUCAAAUGUUGGGAUUGAGUGCAGAACAUUUGACAAAUAGUGGUAUAGGUGGAGGUUCUCAUCUUCCUCCAUCUUCAGCCUUCUCCUACGCUGCUCCAAUUCCUCGGCCGGUAUCCCGAGAAUAUCUCACGCAGCAACAGCAGCAAAUACGUAAUGAAUCACCACAUCGGCCUACUUCUCGCAACGAAUCGCCUCAUGGUAAACCUGUUGAUUACUAUGGGAAGAAUCAAGUGUCAACACAACGACCUGCCAGUAGGAACACUGACAAGUCUCAAAGUAGGCCACAUUCGCGUGAAAAUCCCCAUAAUCUCGCACAGCAACAAAACCAAACGCCGACACAUUCUCAGCAACAAGCGCGCAUGCUGAAUUCGUACGAAGGCGUCAGUAUGAAACCAUCUCCUUUUGCUCAACAUAAACUCAAACUAGGAUCUGGCUCAUACAUGACAUCAAUGGUGUCAAACCAACCCGUGAGUGGCCUAGACACAAGUAACAGUGGUCACCAACAACAUUAUGCAUCUAAUAGCAAACACAGUCCAUACCCACCUGGCAAUAGUAUGCCUCUUGCACCGUCACAUGGAGGAAGCAUAGUGACAGGGAGUGUUUCCCAUGUUCCUGUUAUGGAAGAAGAUGGAGUUCUUGACUUGAGAAACUCACAUCAUUCCACAACUUCACCGUCUCCGCAUCAUCAUCAAACACAGAUGAAACUUCAGCAAUCACGGCCUCCUAGUAAUCCCCCAACAACAACAAAUUCUGUUGAAGUAGGCAUCUUGGAUUUGUCAAUGCCAGAUAAGAAUUCAACCACAGAAGUGUGCUACGUAUGCGGUGAUGAGCAACGCCGGGGGAGUUUAAUCGAAAUGUGUACGAUUGCUCCGAAAGAUGCCAAAGAUUGGGAUAAACCAUUCUUCCCACUGUUUGGGGAAACUCACCCCAGACCACCACGAUCAAGGCCCAUUGAUCCUCGUGGUAUGAUACAAGCGUGUCACUUGUGUCACGAUUAUCUAAUGCAACAGUGGAAUAAAUAUCAGGCGAAUGGAGCCCCGGUUAGUGAACGACGCUAUUCGUUACGAAAGAGGCCGGCAUCCGUGACAGAACGAACAACUUUUGUUUGUUAUACGUGCGGUACGGACACUCCAUCAUCAAAAUUACGUUUAGUGUAUUGUUGUGCGAAUGCAGAGCGGGAACCAUACUACCCGUUCAUCACAUCAAUAAAACCAUUUCCAAAUGUUAGUCCAAUAAGUCCACAGGGUAUGGUGCAAAUAUGUUCCUCGUGCUAUGAGAAGCACUCAAGUUUAGCUGAAGGUGGUGUACCAGCAACUACUAAUAAUUUAGAUAGUCUUAGCAGUGGAGGAGGUGGUAUGGUUAAUAAUAUUGGCGGCGGUCGAUAUACGCCAUCAGAUAAAUCACAAGCCAAUUCGGAUACGAGUAACGUACGAUUUAAGCCUUAUGAAACAAAUUCAUCGUCAUCACGUGAUCUAAAAGGAUCAAGACGUGACUCUAGACCAAAUACCCCACCCCAUUCACAAGGGCCUAUGGAAAACGGCCACGGACAAUAUCCAUGUUAUAUUUGUAAAACGCCUACACAAGCAAUAAAGAUGGAGUGGUUGCUAACUAGUGCGGAACAUAUGAAUUCACAUGCUAUGCAUUUUCCCUGCCUAAAAUCAAAUGAUAUAAAUUCGAAUCGUGUUUUAGCUUGUAAAGAUUGUGUUAGCCAUUUGGCCCGACAAUGGGAAACAAUGGAAGCUGAAAGAGUUCCUUUAGAGCAUCGAAAAUAUACAAUUCCUUCUCCUAUGAUGGCAUCAUCAUCACCAAAUGGAUCUCGACACGGUGGUUUGAGUAUUAAUACACCUCCAUCGACUCCAUCGGUUUCAUCCACACCCGCUAGUACUUCAAUUUACUGCUUCCUAUGCGGCCUACAUUCUGACUUAACUUUAGCCAGAGUUCUAUAUACAAGCAAAGAGGGUUCUCGUCCAUAUUUUCCUCAUCUAUUACAACAUAAAUCGCCUGCAAAUGCUGAGCAAUUGCGUUCCGAUCAUUCAGCAUUAGUUUGUACCUUUUGCUAUCAUUCGCUGCUGAAUCAAUGGAGGAAAUACGAAGCACAAAAUAAUAUAAGUCCAGCGGAAAGGAAAUACAAUUGGCACGAUUACUGUUGCCAUAUAUGUGGUAUUAUGACAUAUAGAAAACGAGUACGAGCGUUACCUAUAAGGGACUUCCCAUUUGUUGCAAAUCGUAAGAGUGAUGACGCUUUACUGCUAGAGAACGGCGAAUAUGCUGUCGUAUGCCUAGACUGUUACGAAAGCUUAAGACAACAAGCGGCACAUUAUGAUCGUGUUGGAGUUCCUAUACAGAAAAGAGGAUACAAUUGGGUCCCGCAACCUCCGCCACCGGAAGAUAGCCCCGAUGUUUCUGUAGCAAGGUUACCAUGUGGCGAGAGAUCAGAUAAAGUUAAUUCAACUUUGAGGCCAAUACCAAAUAAAAAAGUUAGCUCACCAAAACAAUACACUAGUGAUAAGUCAAGAGGCGAAAUUGUACAAGCGAAAGCAGGACAGAAGCGACCAGCAACUAGUCCAGCACCCUUAAUACCAUCACCGCAUCAUCUGCAAUCGCCAUCAAAUCCCUCUGCCGUUGGUGUACCGCCUACAAUAAGUAAUCAUGUAGUUAGCAAUCAUAUAGGAGUCCCUUCACCAGUUGGUGCUGCAUCGAAUCAACAGUCAGGUUCUAGUGCUGUCAAUGCCCCUGGUAAUAGUGGUGGUGGUGGGGGUUCAGGACGCGGACCAUUUGCAUCAGCUUUACGAAAUUUAGCUAAACAGGCUGACAUUAAGGAAGAAGAGGAAGGAUCAGUGCGUGAUAGAGGAAUCAAUAGUUCUGGAACAAAUAGCGGUAGCGCACCAAAUGCAUCAUCAAUGCCCAGAACGUCAUCAGCGAAUGAUUCACGAUUAGUAGAUGCUCGUUUGAGUGCAGAUGAUCGAUCCCCGUCGUCACAAAUUAGUAAGAAACGCGCCGUGCCAUCGCCGCAGCCUGCAGAAAAGAUUGCACGAUUGAAUGCUUCGGCUCCUCCUUCUAUGCAGCCAGAAUUGUUGGCUCGUAGUGGAUUCCAGCCUUAUAAAUCAGAUGACCGGUUGUUGCAUCCUGCAGGACCAUUUCCUUUAGAUGCCUAUUCCACAUUCGCCAGUUUAGCGGGAAUGCCACCAGGUGCAGCUUUGUUCAAUCCAGCGGCUUUACCUUAUCCAGAACAGCUUUACUUCGAUCAACGCCUUCAAAGUAUGUUUCGCGCGGGUGUGCAUCAUCCACAUCCUAAUCCCCAUGUACUGUAUCCUCAUCUCCCGGGGCAGUACGCUUCGCACUUGUACUCAAUGUUACCGAACGGAACGUCGCCAUUAGGCCUUGGUGUUCCUGGCUUACACGAACGACUUAAACUAGAAGAGGAGCACCGGCAACGUCUCGCCCGUGAAGAAGAACGCGAAAGAGAAAUUCAACGGGAAAAAGAACGUGAGCUGCGAGAACAACGCGAACGUGAGCAACGAGAAAAGGAGCAGCGUGAACGCGAACAACGUGAGAAGGAACAGCGUGAGAAAGAGCAACGUGAAAAGGAGCAACGAGAACGCGAACUACGGGAAAAAGAACGAGAGGCCCGUGAACGCGAGCGAAUGAUAUCGGCAUCUCACCAUUAUUCAUCGCAAAUGUAUCCUCGAAAUCUUCUUCCACCUAUGUUACCAACACUUGGACCACCACUUGGACUGCGUGCGACCCAUCCACUUUCGAGCAUUUCACCCUACCAUUCCGCUGCAGCAGCAGCUGCUGCUGCUCAGAGACAGAGUCCUCAUUUAGGCUUAAAUCUUGCACUAAGCAUGGCUGCAGUUCCCAGUAACUUGAAUUUACCACCUCCUCCUCCAAGUGUUCAUUCAUCCCCAUCGCUUAAUUUAUCACAUCAUCUACCGCCUACAAGCUUAAGCUUAUCUCACCCUGCCGCUUCCGGAUUAUCGCAUCACAGUCAAGUCAGCUUAGCUGCCAUGGCUGCGCAUUCUUCGUCGCCGGUGACAAGCCUUAGCCAUCCUAGCCUGGGUCUACCACCACCGCCUGGAUUAAAUCUAUCACAUCCGCAUAUGUCCCCCCACCAACUUCACAGCCAAUCUUUGAAUCUUGCAACGACCAGUUCACCAAUGGGUGGUAGUCUGAAUCUAUCUCAAAGUGCCGCAGCAGUUGCACUUUCUAAACAAUCGGCAGAAAUGGCGGCUUAUUCUACUGCGUCGUCUAUUGCGCAACAACAAUCGGCAGGCGGAACGAGCGUUACAUCGUCAAUGAUUGGUGCAAACAUUCCAUCCGGUGCUCAGACGGUUUCUAGUUCCUUAUAUUACCAUCAUCCACCACCACCACAUAUGACAACGGCGGCACUCGCUCAUCCGUCUAGUGGAAACCAUAAUCACUCAACAACGUCCGCGAAGACAGUGAAUCCAAAUAACUGUCCUCCGAGUAAUCAAAAUGGCAGCAGUGGACGUUUGUCGAGCAGUCCGAUUGUGCGUAGUGAGAAAGAUAUGACUACAUUGGAUUUGAGUGCACCAAAUUCAUCUACACCCUCGGCAAAUACCAACCGAACUACACCGUCCCUAACCCAUGAAUUGAAUGGUAAUAAUACUCUAAGCAGUGAACCCACGUCAGAGUCAAGCAAAGAUGCACCUCGAUUGAACCCCACUCCUCCUAACAACACCAGUUGUAUUGAUGCCGUGAAAUCGCCUGAAGAUACUACAAAAAGAGGGUCCCAGCAGGCUACACCACCUCUAUCAACUGCUCAUAGUAAUCAAACCAACACCAGUAGUUCCUCUAACACUACCAACGCAACUAGCGACCAGCCAACGAAAUCAACAAACGAGCGUGAUCCUUCACCGGCGACUGCUACAAUGAGCUCCAGUUCAACAACAGGUAACAACCGAUCUAAUAUCCCACAGGCCAGCAACAACACUAAUUCUAAGACAAGCCCCAACAAUCCUUCAAUCACUAAUGAGAGUAAAUCGGGGGCAGAUAUAAAUCAAGCACCGUCACCAAUUCAUAGUACGGGUGCUGGCACUGUUGGUAGUAAACCUACGACAACAGCAGGCGAGCCCAGUAAUAGUCCCUCCUCGUCGUCAACCCAGACGGCAGUUGGAACAAGUGUCGUUGUCGCAACCUCUCAAAUCCAGCAAUCAGAUGAUAACUCUAGUGUGAACGCAAGUGAUGCUAGUCGAUGAUAGUCGACAUUUGUAUGAAUUUGAAAAGGACGAGCGUUAAGUAGUUAUUUAACUGAAUUCAGGACGAUAAAGAAAGGGUUGAGACCAUCAUCUCUCAUCUGAAAUUGCCAUCUGCAAUGUUCUCCUCCGAAUUGAUUCGGGAUCUUGUCGCGCUGUACGAGCCACGCUUUUGAGUCAAUUUCAGAAAUUUGAAAUCGAAAUGUUGAUUUUCCCAUCAUGUCAUGCAUGCAAGACAUGUGUGCGUGUUUUUUUUAAGUUUCAAUCUAUGAUCGAUUAAGGAAAAGCUUUAAAUGUGCUACUCGCCCCGCCCCCCUCGGUAUUCCUUUCGUUUUUACUUGCAAGAAAAUUUUGUAGUCAAAUGUUUAGAGGAAGUGAAUAUUUCUCGUAAAUGUCCUAAGUAAAGUGUAAUAUUUUUAACUUGACUAGUUAGCUUUGUAUAUAUAUAUACAUUUAAGCUAAUAAAUAAUGAGUGAUACGAAAGAGCUUCAUUUUAAUUUUAAUUGAAAUUGUUUUCAAGAGAAGUGUUGAUGUAAAAAGUACUUUCAAAAUUGAACUUUAAGGGAUGCAUUUCGUGGGAAGAAGUAAACUUAAUGAAAAGGCGUAACCAAUAUUUACGACUGCCUAAGUUGCUACAGAAAUACUGUUUCAGGUCCGCGAAUGGAGCUAGCCUACACGUACAAUGCUUAUGUACUUAAAGUUGAUUUUUUUCAUGGGUUUUUUUAUGUUCAAAUUGAACUUCACUUAGUCCUUCAAAGUUCUUUCCUUCACCGGUUCCCUGAAUGCACAAACAUGGUUGGGAUGAGGAGACAGCGAUUUUGUAGUGCAAAUCGAAUUUUGUUUAGAACCGGGACAUUCGAGGCUUGUGCGUUUCUAAGAUACUGGUGCAAUCUAGAAGUGCCCUCGCAAUUAAAGAUUAGGCUGUAAAAUAUAAUGUAGUUUAUGGGGAACAGGUUUCUCCUAAUUUUCGGAAGAUUGCUUGGAAAAUAUGAGCCUUUUUAAGGAACUCUUGUUCGUUAUGGGAAUUCAUUGCUUGCUCAUAUAAUUCCAUCCGCGCAUUGGACAUUAGAGUCUUUGCGAGCUUGAGUCGACAAACUAAACUAAAAUUCAGAAAUCAUGCAUUUCAACCACGAUUGUUUCUUCGCAACAAGCCCCGCAGAAGAAAUAUUUAGUGCUUCUCUCUUGAAUGUAGAUAUGAUUUCUUGAUAGUUGAUAGAAUGCGUUAAGUUUCCUCCUGUUUUUUUUAUCUAGAAUUACUUGCAAGCUGUAACAUAUUCAUAUUGAAACUAAUAAAUCAAAAGAAAGAGUAUAACAAUCAGAAUCAGUUUUUAUUUUAUUAAAACCUUAAUUUAGUAUUAAUUACAAUUUUAGUUAAACCCAACACUAAGAGAAACACAAAGUAUACAUUUUAGCUGAAAACGUACUUCAUAACUAAUAUUUAAGACUAAUUACUAACAUACCAGCACCACGACGCGCCUUAACCACAUUUGUUUUCAAAUACAGAUAUCAUCAAUUUUUACCUCACCUCCACGUAUCAAUUUCUACAUAAUUCGUUUGAAAAUCGCUCUAAAGUACACACACCCCUAUAUUACCUACCAUAUGAGAUCCUUUAUUAAAACGGACUUAAUAGAAAAUACGAUGUAAAACAAAUCUAUAAUAUAUGAAUAAAUAAUAGCGUUAAAAUGUUUAUGGUAAUAUUAAAUGUAUUCUGUAAAUAUCUUUUAGGUUAAAACAUUUCUAAAUGAUACAAAAAUUGAAAAAAAAACAACGGAAAAGUUUAAGGCUAAGAAAAGCAAAUGGAUACGUAUUUAUCAUGAUUUAUAUUACGUUUUUUUGUUUUUUUUUAUCAUGUAGAGGAAGGAAGAUGAUAUAAAAUGUAAAAAAAUAAUCAUUGAAUAGAAAUUAACAAUUAGAAACGGAAUAAGAAAUAAAUAAUAGAAUGUAAACUGUACUAAAUAUUCAAGAUUUAAGGAUAGAGAAUAAGUUGUAAAAUUUAUAAUUACGUUAAUUUGUUUCAACACUUUAAAUGAAUCAGUUUUCAUUAUUUCUUUUCUAAUGUAAGAAGAGGAAGCAAACGUGAAAAGCUAUUGAUAAUACAAAAAAAAAGAUGGUAAAGAUUUUUAUUUCUAUAAUUAAAUUUCGUUGCACAUUGAA